AUGUGGUAUGUGUUGGCACAUCACUGCUGUGGAGGAAUGCCAUCACUGAUAGGCACAGAUAUGACCACAAUAUAUAUCAUGUCUCCGCAAACGAAGAAUAAAUCCAAGAAUUCAAAGGACGACAACAAAGACAGCCGAAGACGCAGUUCCAGUGCCAGCAGUGGUUCGUCGCGCAGUAGAAGCGGUUCCAGAAGCAGUUCCAGCGGCUCUUCGCGCUCGUCGUCGAGCUCUGGGUCUUCGCGAUCGAGCGCUUCUCACUCCCGAUCGCGGUCUCCGUCGCGUUCGAGCAGUUCUUCGCGAUCGCGCGACUCAUCCCGUCGUCGCCGCCAACGGUCGGCGUCACCGAAACGGGCGGUCCGUAAGCCGUCUCCCACUCCGAAGCCGACGCGCAUACAUGUCGGACGACUCACCAGAAAUGUCACCAAAGAUCACGUGAUGGAGAUCUUCAGCGUUUACGGAACCGUACGAAACGUGGAAAUGCCUUUCGAUCGCAUUCAUCCCCAUCUGAGCCGUGGCUUCGCUUACGUCGAGUUCGACAAACCCGAAGACGCGGACAAAGCCAUCAAAUACAUGGACGGCGGACAAGUGGACGGCCAAGAGGUGAGCGCCACUCCCGUUCUGGUGCCGAAGCCGCGCCAAUUCGCGGGUCCGCCCCCUCAGCGACGUCCGCCGCCACAGAAUUGGCGUCAGAAUCGUUCGCCCCCUCGAGGAGGAGGUGGCGGAGGAAGGCGUGGCGGAAGAUUCAACAACAGAUCGCCGCCGAGGUAUAGGUCGCCUCCGCGCCGACGUUCCCGAAGCAAAUCGCGUUCACCGACUCGCAGGCGAAGGGACUCCAGUUCUGACUCUUCGCGUUAAGAGUGCACGAAAUGAACGGAUUUUUCUCAUUCACGCCAUUCCUCUCACAUCCCAAUCCCUUUAAUCGCUUAUAUUAUUAUGAUUUAAACUUUUAAUGAUUUCUUUUGACAACAAAUUAGUGUAAAAAACAUUUUAAUUUGUGAAUUCGUAUUAAACAUAAGUUUCACCAAAAAA